AGCAGCACUGUAUUUGCGGCAAACUGUUGCAACUAUUUUGGUUUGAUUCUUCUUCGAUCGUAUUUAUAUAUAGAACAGCGCAGCAGACGGUUGAAUUUUCCCACCCAACGUGCUUGAUUUUCCCGCUUGCAGACGUCGUGUACGAGUGUAUGUUUGUGUGAGUGCGCCAGUGAUCGAGAAGUUUCGGCAGUCCAAAAAUUAGGCCAAAACAGCCAAUUGUGUAACAAUGACCAACGCUAUCACCAGCGAUGAAUCCGAUCCCGGAACUUUUAAGGACAAAGGAAACGAGGCCUUCAAGGCAUCUCGUUGGGAGGAGGCAGUGCAGCACUACAGUAACGCCAUUAAACUGGGCGAAAAGCACAAGGAGUUGCCUGUCUUCUACAAGAAUCGCGCUGCUGCAUACUUAAAAUUGGAAAAGUAUGAGAACGCUGUGGAAGAUUGCACGGAAUCUCUAAAAACUUGCCCGGGAGACCCUAAGGCUCUGUUCCGCCGCGCCCAAGCCUAUGAGGCAUUGGAGAAGUUUGAAGAGGCCUACAAAGAUGGAACUGCCUUGUUCAAGGCUGAUCCCGGCAAUAAGACUGUACAGCCUAUGCUGCAGAGGUUGCACGUAAUUGUGGAGGAAAGAGCUGCUCGCAACUCCAAGACCUCCACGAAGGUGAAACAGAUGAUGGAUCUUACCUUCGACUUUGCCUCGCCCAUUGAGAAACGCCGCUCUGCUGCCAAUAACCUGGUGGUCUUGGCUAAAGAACAGACAGGUGCCGAGCUGAUGUACAAGGAGAACUGCAUCGCCAAAGUGGCCACCUUGGCAAAGCUGGAAAAGGACUCGGAUAUUUACGUUAAUAUGGUGCGCGUGGUAGCAGCUCUCUGUCUAGAUAGCGUAGAACGCACUAAGGGUGUGCUAACAGAGCUGGGGGUGCCGUGGUUCAUGAGGGUUCUCGACCAGAAACACGAGGACUGUGUAACCACUGCCCAAUAUUGCCUGCAAACCAUCAUCAACGCCUUGUCGGGCUUGAAGAACAAAGCAGAUUCUAAGCCAGGCAAGGAGCUUUGUUCAAAAAACAAUCGCGAAAUAGACACUCUUCUAACCUGUCUGGUCUACAGCAUCACAGAUCGUACUAUCUCUGGAGCGGCUAGGGAUGCUGUAAUGGAGUUGAUCACUCGAAAUGUUCACUACUCCGCCCUUGAGUGGGCUGAGCGUUUGGUAGCCAUCAGGGGCUUGUGCCGCUUGCUGGAGGUGUGCUCGGAACUGCCUGACUACAAGUACGAGAGUGCCAUGGAUAUCACUGGAUCGUCGUCCACCAUUGCUUCGGUGUGCUUAGCCCGUAUCUACGAGAACAUGUACUACGAUGAGGCCAAGCUCAAGUUUACAGAACAAAUCGAUGAGUUCAUAAAGGACAAGCUGCUGGCGCCUGACAUGGAGUCCAAGGUGCGAGUCACGGUGGCAAUAACUGCUUUGUUAAGCGGACCUUUGGAUGUCGGAAACCAGGUUAUUGCCAGAGAAGGAAUUCUUCAAAUGAUUCUGGCCAUGGCCACAACCGACGAUCAACUACAACAGCGUGUAGCCUGCGAGUGUUUGAUCGCCGCCUCAUCUAAGAAGGAUAAGGCUAAAGCUCUCUGCGAACAAGGCGUUGAUAUUCUAAAGCGCCUCUAUCACUCCAAGGAUGAUUCCAUUAGAGUUCGGGCUCUGGUUGGUCUUUGCAAGCUGGGCAGUUAUGGUGGCCAGGAUGCGGCCAUUCGCCCGUUCGGCGAUGGAGCAGCUCUCAAGCUGGCGGAAGCAUGCCGCCGUUUCUUAAUCAAGCCUGGAAAGGACAGGGAUAUACGUCGGUGGGCAGCCGAUGGCUUAGCCUACUUGACCCUCGACGCCGAGUGCAAAGAAAAAUUGAUUGAAGACAGGGCUUCCAUUCACGCUCUGAUGGAUUUGGCCCGCAACGGAGAUCAAUCUUGUUUGUAUGGUGUGGUCACCACCUUCGUAAAUCUGUGCAAUGCCUAUGAAAAACAGGAAAUGCUUCCCGAGAUGAUAGAGCUGGCCAAGUUCGCCAAACAUCACAUACCCGAAGAGCAUGAGCUGGACGAUGUGGAUUUCAUCAACAAGCGUAUUACGGUUCUGGCCAAUGAAGGUAUUACCACUGCCCUGUGCGCCUUGGCCAAGACAGAGAGUCACAAUUCCCAGGAGCUGAUUGCCCGCGUCCUGAAUGCCGUAUGUGGCCUUAGGGAGUUGCGAGGAAAAGUUGUUCAGGAUGGUGGCGUUAAGGCGCUCCUUCGCAUGGCUCUCGAAGGUACUGAAAAGGGCAAGCGUCAUGCUUGUCAGGCACUGGCUAGGAUUGGCAUCACCAUCAAUCCUGAGGUGGCGUUUAGCGGUCAAAGAUCCCUGGACGUGAUUCGUCCUCUGUUGAACUUACUGCUUCAGGACUGCUCGGCGCUGGAGAACUUUGAAUCCCUAAUGGCGCUCACCAACCUGGCCAGCAUGAAUGAGAGCGUGCGUCAGAGGAUUAUCAAGGAGCAGGGUGUGUCCAAGAUAGAGUUCUAUCUGAUGGAAGACCAUCUAUAUCUGACUCGUGCCGCCGCCCAGUGUUUGUGCAAUUUAGUUAUGUCGGAAGACGUGGUAAAGAUGUUCGAGGGCGACAAUGACCGCGUCAAGUUUUUGGCUCUGCUCUGUGAGGAUGAGGACGAGGAGACGGCCAUGGCAUGUGCCGGAGCUUUGGCCAUGUUGACCUCUGUGUCAGUUAAGUGCUGCGAGAAGAUCUUGGGCAUUGCCAGCUGCCUGGACAUUCUGCACACGUUGAUCGCCAACCCAAGUCCUGCGGUCCAGCAUCGCGGCAUUGUGGUUAUCCUGAACAUGAUCAAUGCCGGCGAAGAGAUCGCCAAGAAGCUCUUCGAGACGGACAUCAUGGAGCUGCUGAGUGGACUGGGCCAGUUGCCGGAUGACUCGCGUGCCAAAGCCAGGGAGGUGGCCAUCCAGUGUUUGGCGGCGGCGGAGCGGUAUCGGAUUAUCGAGCGCUCCGACGAAGCCGAAGUCCCGGAUGUUUUUGCCGAAAGUGCCAAAAUAACCGAGAUUAUUGACGAAUGAUUUUCAGUCUAAUCCCUUCAAUGUGCCUUUUGUUCCCACUCAUCGACGACUUCAUCCUCUCUACUACUCACCAAGUCAUCUUGAUACUUAACUUAUUAUUUAAUAUAUUUUAAAUUGUUUUUAUAAACAUUGUACGAAUUUAUUAUUAAAU